AGCCACUUGUGCUACAAAAGGUCGAUGAGCCGAUAAGUGGAGAGUGGUGCCAAACUGAAGGAGUCAUCUCUCAGUAUUUUUCCAGCAACUCUAUGUUUUCAAUUCCGGCCUCUGGCAUAGACUGGAUCUUUGGCAUCAAAAAUGGCAUUGUAUCAUUUAAAAUUCAGGCUCUGGUGGAACUGAGGAUCCGCUCUGACAUUGGCAAAGCCAACACAUCACCACAGACCACUAUCAUACCAGCUAUCAGAGUUCCAUCAAACUGUCCAAGAAAUUUGAGCCUGUUGAUGUUUGAUCCUGAUGGAGACAUAGUGAAAUGCAGAAAUGGAGAUGCAUCACUCUCAGAGUGUAGUCCCUGCACACCACCGUCUGUCCUCAGCCUUUCACCAUCCUCUUGUACUCUGUCAUUCAGCCCCACAAACAGCAGUGAUGAAGGUCCGUAUGCGGUACAGCUGAUGAUAGAGGACUUUCCCAGACAGAACAUAACGUUGACUCAAACCAACGGGACACAAACAAUAAUAACAACCAACGAUGCUAUCAGCAAAAUGCCAGUUCAGUUUGUCGUGAGAGUGGAUCCUGCAGUGCCAUCGUGCACAGAGGGACUCUUUCUACCCAUGUUCCUGCCUCCAACCCCAGCCCACAGAACCCAGCUCUACAACUACGUCAAUCAAACUCUGGCUAUCAGCAUCAAGGCACAGACACUUAACUCCACCAUCUCUGAGCUGCUGUUCAGCGCACCGCACACAGUAACAGAAAGUCAAACAGGCCCAGGACAGUUCACACUGACGUGGACGCCAUCUAACUCAGUAGCUGGACAAAGCCACCCCAUUUGUUUUGUUGUCCAAGCUGUUUUAGGGGCAGCCAAGUACCACUCUGAGCUUCGAUGUGUCAUUGCGACCGUUGCAUUGCCAACUACAUCACCCAAUACACCAGCGUAUGUUGCAGCUCUGAAAAUGAAGUUGUCUUCUACAGUGGACUUGUCUCAAAUCAAUAGGGAUCUCUUCUUAAAUCAGAUUAAACAGAAACUGCAGUCAUACGGACUGCCAGAUGACAUCAGUCUGCGCCUCAUAAGCAGUGUGCCACAGAUUGGCGUAACUGCAGCAUCCUCUAAUUCUACAACAUGAACCUGAAGUCCUGCAUCUUCAGUCUUUCUGUACCAAUUGGAAACAUCUGUGUGGAAAGAUAAUACAAAAUCUUACUUAUCGCACAUAAUUUUGCAUUCAACCUGUCUGUCAUAAAAAUUGGUGAUAAAACAUUAUUUGAAGUAGUGUUAAAUUUUUAAAGGAAUCAUUCAAGAUUUGUAAUGUGUGUAAUAUAGUUCUAGAUAAUUCUAUUUCUUAUACUCUCAGUGUAUAUAUACAUGCUUUUUUGGCGUCAGAAAGCGGUUCUUCCACAUCUUAGCAAUCAGUAGUUAGAAAAAA